AUGGCACAACAGACUACAUCUGGAAACCGAGAAUCGUCAUCUUCUUCCAAGAAAUUGAUCACCCAAAAUUCUAAUCAAUCUGCUUCACAGUUGGACUUUCCAAGAGAGCCUCAAAAGAGUAAUUUACCCAAAGUAUUAUUCGCGGAAUGGCUUUCGUUAGAUCAGUUUAAUGGUCAAGAUUUCCAGAACUCAAGCAACUUUGAUCCUUCCAAGAAUAGCUUUGGCUGUAAUAAUUCAGAGUUGCAAGACAUAUUCAUGUACAGUAUACCGAUGAAUGGCGGUAGCUAUGUGAAUGGCAUAAAUCAAGAGGUUAACAAUGGGACAGUAGAUGAUAUUUUUCAACCCCAACUCAAGUUUGAGGAAUCCAUCUCUGCAAAUGGAUUUGAGGAAUUUAUGUCAGGGGAAUUCAGCAUAAAUGAUGAUGUGAUGUACAUAUGA